GUGCGGCUGCUGCGGCAGCUGCUGCGCGGGCGCUGCUGCCCGGGUCGGCGGGGCGAGUGGUGGCUGCGGCUCUCGCUGGACCUGGCGCACCUGGGCAGGCAGGCGGAGGCGCUGCAGGUAGCUGAAGCGGCCUUGACCGACCCAUGGGUCCGACAUGGCGACCGAGUGGCCCUCCAACGGCGACUCGUGCGGCUGCUUGGACGGCAGCAGCAGCUGCAGCGGAAGAAGGGAGGUCAAGGCGGUCAACGGGGAAAACGCGGAGGGCUCCAACUGCCCGCUUGGGCCACCCAGCCGGAGGCUGCUGCGGCCCUGUCGGACCCUCCCGAGGUGGUGGUGUCGGCAACCAUGCUGCCGGGCACAACGGGCCUCAAGAGCCGCUUUCUCGCCCCUGCCAACGGCUGUGGCGCUCCCUCGGCUGCACUCCCCGCCACGGCCCCAACCUCCGCCCCCACCUCCGCCGCCCUUCCCACCACCCUCCCCGCCACCCUCCCCGUUCCCCUCCCCGCUCCCAUCGGGAUGGAGGUGGUGGGUGUGGAGGAGCUGGCCGUACGGCACUACGGCAGCGCUGCGGGCGGGGGGUGGCGGGGUGUGCACAGCGAGGGCGGCGUGUGGGGCACGUUGUGGGGGCUGCUGAUGUGGGACGUGGUGUUCAUGGAAGUGCCGGAG